GUGUUACGUAAUUGAUUUCUGCGUAUCUAAAUCAUUUUGUUUACACACAACUAGAUCUAGAUCUAGACUAGAGUCUGGAUCUAAUUUAUGCCCAAGAAAACCAAGAAAUACGUAGAUUAGUCUACAUUGAAAUUAAAUUUUCCUGUUAAAAAAAACACACACAAUGGAUGCGUACAGUUUUUAUUUAGCCACUCUUCGAUAUGUAAUGAACGUAACUGUUGAGGACAGAUUAACUUGGUGUGAUAUUUUCAAAUAUAUUCCUUGUCUUCGUCAAAUGCUUUCGUGUUGUGUAUGCGGAAGCAUUUUAAUGCGACCCCAUGGUCCUGCACAUAGCAUUUGUUUACAUCAUGUUUGUUAUCAGUGUAUUGGAGGAAGGAUGCGUUUGCGCCCUUCUUGUAGUUGGUGUAAAGAUCAUAGUGAAUUUGUUGAAAAUAAAAAGUUGCGCAUUUUGAUAAUUUGUUUUAAAAGAUUGUGUUCCUACAUCUCUAACAGUCGACUUGGCUCAGAAAUAUGUAAAGCCUCUGUUAAUGGGUGUGGAAAUGAGGCAGAGCGAACAAUGCAUAUCUUGAGAGAAGCUGAAGUCUUUUCAGAUAACUAUAUUUUUACUCCUCCACCAUGUAAGUUGCCAAUUGUUUCGAAAUCAAUUGCAAAGAAGAUUAAAUUAUUUAACAAUUCUCCAACAGUAUCCACUAAAGAAGGAAAAGAAACAUUCAAAAGAAAGAGAGGAAGACCAAAAACAAAUGUUAAUUCUGAAUUCAAUAAACGAAGAUUGGCAGAACAUGCAAAGAGACUAAAGAGAAGAGCUUUAACUACAACUGUUCACAAAGCUAAUAAAAAAACAUUUGUUAAAAAUUUUUUACAGAAGGGUCGUCCCAGGACACAAACUAGUUCAGUAUCCAGUAACACAACGACAUAUCUAGUUUCUCAAAGGCCACACAGAGAAAGGUCAGGAAAAUAUAGUAUAGGUCAGCUAUGGCGGGAGACAUUUCUGGAGGAAACACAACAAGAAUCAUACCCUGAUUCUGGAGUGGAGGUAGGAAACUCUAAUGAUGAUCAUUAUCCACCAGCACUUUCUAGACAUGAAGGUGAAUCUGUUGACAUGUCAAAUAAAAAACAAGAUCGAAAAGAGACUCGCCAUUAUAAGAAUUUCAAUUAUGACAAAAUGGGAGCUUUAUCUGUAAAUGAUGUUACAAGUUCCACAGAUGAAGUUGAUAAACCCAGGCUUACUUUGACAAUAUCAAAAAAAAGGUUUCAAGACAUUUCAUUGCGACGUGAUCGGGAGGGGUGUACAUCUGGUGUUCAAGAGGCUGGCAAAAAUAAAUUAUCUGCUAGUAGUUUGUCUGGAAGUAAACGAAUAAACUCUAAAGUUGUCUCCCCUAUCAAAGCUGGCAAAGAGUGGGAGUGCAAAUGUUCCAGACAACCCAAUCAGUUGACCUGUUCUGGCCAGAAAUGCCCCUGCUUCAGUGGAACUCGGCCUUGCAUUGAUUGUUUGUGCACUGGCUGCAAGAAUCCCAUCAGAACGCCAGACUCUGCCCCACCUUUAAUGCACCUUAUAAAAGAUGGGGACAGUCUUGACCAUAGUUUAGAUAGGAGUAUGCCAAGGCUGUCACCUAUUCCAAGAAUGUAACUGGCCAGAUACAUGGUGUGAUUUGUGAAGAGCUGAAUCUUGGUCAUAUUUUAGAUUCUAGUCCAGCAUUCUAUAAUGCUUACACACUUUUUCUCACAUUUAUUUUAUGUAGGCCUAUAGAAAAUGUAUUGCUUUAAGUCUAGUACUGCUCUGUUGUUCAAAGUUUUAGCUACGAAGAUUUUGGAGCUGAUCUAAAUUUACUAAGAACAAAAUAAAUGUUUGCUAGUGUUAUGGGAACUUUAUUGUAGUUUGCUUUUUAUAAAGUUGUUCCAACAUGGAAUUUUAGAAUUUUGAGAAUUGAAAAGAGAUGUUUUGUUUAUUAAUCAUUACUGUAUUUUCAUUGCCAUUUAUUUAGAAAAAAACUAUUUGUAAAUCUCAAAGAUUACAUUUUUAAAAAGUGUAACUUAAGUGUCAGUUAAUCUCAUAUUAAGUUAUUUUAUUACCAAAUGUUAUUUUUACUCAGUAAAAUUUUUUAGCAGUAAAAUGAGAUAAUGGUUAUAAGUGAUUAUAAUAACAUCAGUUGAAUAUUACUAAAAUUACUAUUUUAUUGAAUGUGCAGUCCUGUUAUCAUGGGACCACUCUGCCUAGUGCUAGACCACUAGACUGAUAACCCUUAAAGUCUUGAGUUUGAAUCUGUGUUCAAGUCAGUGGAACAUCCCUGAGUUCACCCCGCUCUGAUGGGUACCUAACUCACAUUAGGGAAAAUAAAGGUGGCUGGGCUUAGUAUAUUUGUUAUUGAUGACUAGUGCAAAAAUCAAGUUAAAAUCAUUGGUAUAUUUGUUAUUGAUGACUAGCAAAAAUCAAGAUGUUUGAAAAAUGAAGCUUUUUUAACACCUAUGGCUGGAUGUAACUUUUUGAUGUUUGCAGUUUCUCAUUUCUGUUCUUUAUUCUUUAUAAUUGUUCAUUUUUUUUCUGUAGUGCUGUAAUAUUCAUUCAGUGAAACCAUUGCCUUGUGUAAUGGUUUUUUCUUGAUUGGUUGAAAAAACCUGUUUUAUAAUCACUUUCUCUGUUUCCUGGAAAUAGAAAUCUUUUAAAAAUGUUAAUGUUAACAGAAUUCUUUAAACAUAUUUAUUAAAUUGAUAUUUUCUGUUAAAUUAAAAAAAAAAUAUGACCAAACAAGAAAAUCUUUUCUAAUAUAAAACAGAAUUUUCAUAUAGCAGUAGUAUUAUUCUUACAAGUUGAAGCUACCUAAACCUUGUACCAGUAGCCAGAUAAUGUUUGGUGACAUUUUAUUCUGUUUUCUUUUUCUUUUAAUCUUGCCACACUGACCAGGAAUAGGGUGAGUUACAACUUGUAUACAAUGGCAUACUUCUUGUAUAAUGUAGGCAAUACACACAGCUGACUAUCAGCAUGUUUUAUUAUUAUUAUUAUUAUUAUUUUGAACCCAAUUUAUUACAUGUAGAUAAAAAAAAGUUGUGUUGUACUUUUGAAGUUUUUAACCAAUUUAUUUCUCAGAAUCUCAGUUUUUGUUGAAGCUAAUUACACAAAUACUGCUACCACAUAUGCUUGUUAACAACCAAUGAUUUUUUUCAGUUUUAUCUACAAAAUGUUAUGUUGGUACUUAAAAGUAAAUAUUGUUUUAUAAAUAUUUUUGAAAAAAAAAAAACCUGUAAAAAAAAAGGCAAAUGUUGCCCAUAUGGAGGAUUGUUUUCUCGCAUACCGGUACGUUGUUAGAAAUUUUGCAGUCCAGUAAAUUGGGCUUUGGUCUUUCCCACAUUGGCUAGUCUCAAAUUACAUUGUCUCUUAAAUGUACAUUUUAUUCUCACCCCACCACAUUUUUUUAAUGGUCCAUGUGUACACCUUGUGUCCUUGUCUCACCACUGUUCCAUGUGUACACCUUGUGUCCUUGUCUUACCACAAGUCCAUGUGUACAAGUUGUGUCCUUGUCUCACCACUGUUCCAUGUGUACAAGUUGUCCUUGUCUCACCACUAGUCCUUGUGUACAAGUUGUCCUUGUCUCACCACUGUUCCAUGUGUACAAGUUGUCCUUGUCUCACCACUAGUCCUUGUGUACAAGUUGUCCCACCACUGGUCCAUGUGUACAAGUUGUCCCACCACUAGUCCAUGUGUACAAGUUGCCCUUGUCUCACCACUGAUCCAUGUGUACAAGUUGCCCUUGUCUCACCACUGAUCCAUGUGUACAAGUUGUCCCACCACUGGUCCAUGUCUACAAGUUGUCCUCAUGUCACCACUAGUCCAUGUGUACAAGUUGUCCUUGUCUCACCACUAGUCCAUGUGUACAAGUUGUCCUUGUCUCACCACUAGUCCAUGUGUACAAGUUGUCCUUGUCUCACCACUAGUCCAUGUGUACAAGUUGUUCUUGUCUCACCACUAGUCCAUGUGUACAAGUUGUUCUUGUCUCACCACUAGUCCAUGUGUACAAGUUGUCCUUGUCUCACCACUAGUCCAUGUGUACAAGUUGUUCUUGUCUCACCACUAGUCCAUGUGUACAAGUUGUUCUUGUCCCACCACUGGUCCAUGUCUGCAAGUUGUCCUCAUCUCAACACUAGUCCAUGUCUGCAAGUUGUCCUCAUCUCACCACUAGUCCUUGUGUACAAGUUGUCCUCAUGUCACCACUAGUCCUUGUGUACAAGUUGUCCUUGUCUCACCACUGUCCAUGUGUACAAGUUGUGUCCUUGUCUCACCACCAUUUUUAACAGUCCAUCUGUACACUUUCCUCACAUCGCAGCUUUAAUUAAAUGUUGAUUGUUUUUGCAAUAAGUCUCUGGUCAUUGAUAUCUUUGAUAUCUUAUGUUUAGUCAUCUGUAUAAAGAAAGUGGACAAUCUUAAAAUGAUGUUGUAAGAAAAAGAUGUUUUAAAAUGUUUUCAUGCUAUUGACAAUUUGUUAAGAUGGUGAGGGGUGAGAUUUGCCACUUUUAAAAAUGACUUUUCUCCUCUUUAAAGCUUUGACAAAUGAAAUCACAGCUUAGUACCUGAUUUUGCUCAUUUAUCUUGAAAAAAACUCUUCAUUAAUUAACAAGUAGCUGACCAGCAUUUUUUAUCUCCUACAAGAGAUCAACUUUCAAUAUUUUAGAAUUAGAAGACGGCACAGAGCAGGUUAAGUUAGGCCUUUUGUUUCUUCCAUUACACAUUUUAAAAUGUUAGUUACACAGUUGAACAGUGACUAUUUCGAUGUUGUGUCAAUCAUAUUAAAAAAGUCUAAGGAUGGCAAGGACAAGAUUUCCUAUAUUAUUUUCUGUUUGAAGCCACAAGCUUCAUGUUACAACCAGGGCUCAAUAUUUUAAGCCAUAGGCUAAAUGUUAUCAGUCAUAGGCUAAUGAUACUAUUUGGUCAUACAAGUAUCCAAUCUUUUCUACACCUUUUUUCUACAUUUACCCUAAAUCUUAUUUCCGAACAAACUUCAAUUCACAGAAAUAUCUUACACAAUAUGGGUUUUUACUGGACAGUAUAGGACACACAAUGUCUGAGAGAGAUCUUGAAGGCAGGUCCCAGCUCCCAUAUCCUUAUGAUGUCACUGAGUCCACCCAGCUCUGAUAAGAACUUGACUCAAGUUAGAGAAAGUAAAGUUGACUCAACAUAAAACUGAACACUAUCUCUUCAGAAGCUGAGGUUACAGCAACAUGGAAACUCUGCUUCCUCAUGUUAGUCAUGACCAUAACCAUGCUAUAAUAGAUUUUUUUAAAAAUCAUUUGUCACUGUUUUUUUUAUUUUCAUUCAAUCCCGGUGAUUAGCAUGCAAAUCUAUGGUUUUAAAAAUAUCUUACUGAGAUUUGAAUAGGAGUAAUGCAUUGUUCUUGUUACUUAAAGUUUAUGGUUUCAAUUUAAUGAUGUGGACCCUGAAUCACAUAUAUGAUGUGGCUGGUGUACCACCACAUGUAUGAUGUGGCUGGUGUACCACCACAUGUAUGAUGUGGCUGGUGUACCACCACAUGUAUGAUGUGGCUGGUGUACCACCACAUGUUUGAUGUGGCUGGUGUACCACCACGUUUGGUGUGGCUGGUGUACCACCACAUGUAUGAUGUGGCUGGUGUACCACCACAUGUAUGAUGUGGCUGGUGUACCACCACGUUUGGUGUGGCUGGUGUACCACCACAUGUAUGAUGUGGCUGGUGUACCACCACAUGUAUGAUGUGGCUGGUGUACCACCACGUUUGGUGUGGCUGGUGUACCACCACAUGUAUGAUGUGGCUGGUGUACCACCACAUGUAUGAUGUGGCUGGUGUACCACCACAUGUAUGAUGUGGCUGGUGUACCACCACAUGUUUGGUGUGGCUGGUGUACCACCACGUUUGGUGUGGCUGGUGUACCACCACAUGUAUGAUGUGGCUGGUGUACCACCACAUGUAUGAUGUGGCUGGUGUACCACCACGUUUGGUGUGGCUGGUGUACCACCACAUGUAUGAUGUGGCUGGUGUACCACCACAUGUAUGAUGUGGCUGGUGUACCACCACGUUUGGUGUGGCUGGUGUACCACCACAUGUAUGAUGUGGCUGGUGUACCACCACAUGUAUGAUGUGGCUGGUGUACCACCACAUGUAUGAUGUGGCUGGUGUACCACCACGUUUGAUGUGGCUGGUGUACCACCACGUUUGGUGUGGCUAUAAAACAUGUGGUUGAAGUGGAUGCAAUAUUGCGAUUAUGUUUCUGAACCUUUGUUUGUUCAUACUGAAAGUGUGUCCUGCCCAUUGUAACAUCAAACAUUGUUUAAAAAAUAAUCUAAUGUUACAUUCAAGUCUGGAGAGAGAUGUGCCGUGUAGAUUUCAUUCAAGAAACUCUGACAAAAUUUCCUUGGUUAUAUGAUUUCAUUAAAAAAGCUAACAAAAUUUCAUUGAUUAUGUUGUACAUUGUUAGAAUUUUUUUUUCAUGUUGGAUUUUUGUUGUUGUUGUUGCAAUGUUUAAAGUUUUAUGCUAUCUUUAACACCAUGUUAGGUCAGACCUAGGCCACAGCUAGAAAACAAAUACCAAACACAUUUCAACCUUUUAGGUCAGACCUAAGCCACAGAACAAAUACCAAACACACAUUUCAACCUUUUAGGUCAGACCUAGGCCACAGCUAGACAUCAAAUACCAAACACACAUUUCAACCUUUUAGGUCAGACCUAAGCCACAAGCCAUGUCUGAUUAGCUGUUUUGAUAUGUGGAAUAAAAUCAGGAUGAAAAAGACAAACUUAUUUAAUUUAUU